AUGCGGGCGAGGCCGGCGCUGCGGUCGGCGCUGCGGUCGGCGGGGCCGGUGGCCCUGGGACUUUCCCUGGGCUUCACCCUCAGCCUGCUCAGCCUCAGCUGGGUGGAGGAGCCCUGCGAGCCCGGGACCCCCGGGACCCCCGGGAUCCCUCCCCAGACCCGCUGCGUCAGCACGGAGCUGGGCACGCGGCAGCGGCCGCCGGUGGCCGUGCUGACCUCCCCGUCCGCCCUGCCGUCCCUGGAGGAGGGGGACGGGGCCGAGGCCGCCGGGCGCUACUGCCGAGGGGGCGCGGGGACCCUGCUGUCCGGAGCCCUCCUUCGCCGGCUGCAGCCGCACCUGCGGGGCUGUCGCGACCGCAUCGUGGACGCCGGGCCCUCCGUCACCGGGGCCGGCUGCGUCGGAAGCCACGGGGGGGUGCGCUACGACUCCCUGGAGCUGGGGGUCCCCGGGGAGCCGGAGCUGGAGGAGGGGGACCCCCGCUUGGAGAGCGCGCUGACCGCCCACCCCGUGCGAGACCCCGUGCAGAUGUACCGGCUCCACCGGGCCUUCGCCCGCGCCGAGCUGGGCCGCACCUACCGGGAGAUCCGGGACUUACAGCGGGAGAUAGAGAACAUCGGCGCCCUGGCAGCGGAGCAGGCCUCGUCCUGGCCCGUGGGCUUCCCGGCCCCCUCGCGCCCGGCCUCCCGCUUCGACGUCCCCUGGGACUACUUCACCGAGCGGCACGUGUUCUCCUGCGCCGACGGCGCCCCUCGCUGCCCGCUGCGGGGGGCGGACCGGGCCGCCGUGCUGGCCGCCGCCCGGGAAGAGCUGGCCCCCCGGCCCCGCCUGCUCAACGGCUACCGGCGCUUCGACCCGGCCCGCGGCAUGGACAACACGCUGGACCUGCUGCUGGAGGCCCCGACCCCGCGGGGCGGCCGCCGGCCCCCGGCCCGACGCGUGCGGCUGCUGCGUCCGCUGGGCCGCGUGGAGCUCCUGCCGGCCCCCCGGCCCCAGCGGGCCGCGCCCCUCUCCGUGCUGCCGCCGGCCGAGCUCCACCCGGCCCCGGCCUUCCUGGAGGCCUUCGCGGCCGCGGCCGCGUCGGAGCCGGGCCUCGGGCCCGGGGCCUCCCUGACCCUCCUGCUCCUCUACCCAUCGGCCCGGGGCGGCGAGGACGUCUUCGCCCCGGUCGAGGCCCGGGCGGCCGAGCUGGAGGGCCGCCUCCCGGGGGUGCGCGUCCCCCGGAUGGGCCUGCGCGAGGCCUCCCCGGCCCCGUUGCUCCCGCUGGACCCGCCGUCCCGGGAGCGCCCGCCGGACACGCUCUUCCUGCUGGCCGGCCCCGCCACGGCCCUGAGCCCCGACUUCCUGCGGCGCUGCCGGCUGCACGCCGUCCCGGGCGGCCAGGCCUUCUUCCCCGUCCACUUCCGGGCCUUCCAGCCGGCCGUGGCUCCCCCCUUGGGGCCGCCCGGGGCGCCCCCGGAGCUGAGCCCGACGGCGGGCCGCGUCGACCGGGAGGCGGCCGGCGAGGCCCGCUUCUACAACUCCGACUACGCGGCCGCCCGGGGCCGGCUGGCGGCCGAUCCCGGGGAGGGGGAGCCGCUGGACCUGGACCGGCUGGACCUCGACGAGCUCUUCCUGCGCUUCUCGGGGCCGCACGUGCUGCGGGCCGCCGAGCCCGCCCUGCGCCAGCCGUACCGGCCCACCGACGGCUACCGCCGCUGCCGUCGGGGAGCCCUCCGGGGCCUCGGCUCCCGCCCGCAGCUGGCCGCGCUGCUGUUCGAGGGGGAGCGCCGAGGCGGCGCCUGA